UCAAAUUCAGUCCUGCAACCCUUAAUUUAGCCAAGAGAACAAUUUCAGGAAGCAUUACAGGUGGUACAAAAAUGACCCAGGAGAUGAUUGACUUCUGCGCUGCUCAUAAAGUUUACCCCAAGAUCGAAGUAAUUCCAAUUGAAUAUAUAAACGAAGCUCUUGAGAGGCUAAUAAAGAGGGAUGUCAAGUACCGGUUUGUGAUUGAUAUUGAAAACUCCCUGAAAUGAGAUCCUGGAGGUAAACUAAAUGCAGUCUUCUGCAGAACAUUACAUGCAGUUUUUGAUACGUGAAUGGUAUGCCUAAGCUUAUAUAAACAAGCCGAUAGAACCUGUAUCUUGUACCGUGUUGGUUUGAAGCAAUCAGAGUGCAGUAAGUGAGUGGCAGGAGGUUUCCAUCUGUAAAAGAAAGUUUUAUGCAAAAUAGAUUUGGUUAAGAUUUGCAUUAUAUUAAUAGAGUUUGUGUAGUUAAUCCUUGUCUUUCGUCAAUAUAUGAUACAGCAAUGUUUUUGUACAAUGUGGGCCAUGGUUACCAUUAUUUUUGGUAGGGCAACUAAAGCUCUCAAAUUUUU